AUGUUUCAAAAAGAAAAGCUCUGGGCUAAAGACGUGCACACAGUCAAAAAGUUUUAUCCUCAAAGCCCUAGAGUGGCGAUGGCGGCGGCGAUCAGAUCUAAGGAGAAAGUUCAAGUGUUCUCUUUCUGGUUCAACUUGCCGACAGCGAACGGAACAGGAAGAAGAAUGAAUCGGUUCAGAAAGAAGAAGGAGCCUUCGCUAAUGGAGGAAUUAAAAGAACUUGAACUCCUCGAGGAAGGGGAGAUGGUAGACAUUCCAGAUCUGGAGGUAGAAUAUCUGAUAGAGGAAAACUCUAUGAGUGUGAUAGUCAGAUGUCUAAACCCAUAUGUCCAUAAGGUGGGAGGUCUCGUCAAAGCGCUUCAACCCAUUUGGGGUCUAGAAGACAGAGUUCAAGGACGGGUUGUCGGAGAAGACAGGGUCCAGUUUAUCUUCAACUCCGAAACAGACCUGCAGUUUGUCCUCACCAAAGGUCCAUGGUUUGUGAAUGGAUGGAUGGUGGCCAUGGAACAAUGGACACCAGACCCAAAUGUUGAGUUCCUGCAAAGGAUAAACUUCUGGAUAAGAGUGAGAGGCUUACCAAUCCACAUGCUGAAAAAGCAGGUGGUGGAGAGUUUGUUGGGACCUCUGGGAAAGGUGGAGAAGGUGGAGCUACAUGCUAAGAACUCCAACUCUCUGGAGGUGAUCGAUCUAAAGGUAGAAUGGCAGAACCAUACGUUCUACCUUACAUGUGUUUAUGGAGAUCCAGUGAAGAGUAAGAGAGGGGAGGUAUGGGAAAGAAUCUCUCGAAUAGGAGCAACCAGGAAAGGGGCAUGGAUCUUAAUGGGAGAUUUCAACGAGUUGAUAGAACAGUCGGAGAAAUCAGGAGGAGCGGUAAGAGAAGAGAAAGAUGGAAUGGAGUUCAAGCAGAUGUUACUAAAUUGGGGCCUGUGGGAUAUCAAAUACAAGGGCAAUCCACUUUCAUGGGCAGGUGGAAGGAACAACGAGCUAGUGCAGUGUCGACUGGAUAGAGCAGUUGCAAAUCAGGAAUGGCUAGAAGUCUUUCCGGCCGCAACAACCUUCUACCUGCAAAGAGUACAGUCGGAUCAUAGUCCAAUCAUUACAUCUCUGGAUGGUCAUCAGAGGAAGAAGUUCACAAGCUUUAAGUAUGAUCAGAGAUGGGUAACAAGAGAAGGAUUUGUGGAAACAGUGGAGAGUAACUGGAGAUCUCACGGGAGUGGCCAAGUGAGCCUGAUGAGUAGAAUUGCUUCCUGUCGCAAAGCCAUCUCGGGCUUGAAACGCUACGCAAAGCCAAAUUCCGCUUUGAGGAUUCAGGAAUUGAGCCACAAGAUUGAUGAAGCGUCGAGACAGAAUAAUUUCAGGACGGAGGAACUGUCAAUUCUAAGAAAGGAACUGUCAGACGAAUAUUACAAUGAGGAGCUUUUCUGGAUGCAAAAAAGCAGAUUAAACUGGCUAAGAUCAGGGGACAGAAACACCAAGUUUUUCCAUGCUGUCACAAAGAAUAGAAGGGCGCAAAAUAGGAUCAAAAGCUUGUUUGAUGACGAUGGAAGAGAGUGGUUUGCAGAUAGUGACCUUGGGAGAGUGGCAGAACAAUACUUCAAAGUUCUUUUCUCAUCAGAGGAUGUGGGCCUCGAUCAAGUAGAGUGGAAUGAUAUCCCUGCAACCAUCUCCUCAGAACAGAAUUCGGCCCUCUUGAAGCCAGUGACAAGUGAGGAAGUAAAGAAGGCGGUUUUUGAAAUUAAUUCUAGUAAAUGCCUGGGACCUGACGGGAUGAGUGGCUACUUCUAUCAGCAGUUCUGGGAGACUAGUGGAGAGGAGAUCACGGCCAUGGUGCAGGAAUUUUUCAGGACAGGGAAGCUAGAGGAGGAGAUAAAUGGUACCAACAUCUGUCUGAUCCCGAAAACCAUUAACGCUAAGAGCAUGAGUGAAUUCAGACCAAUAAGCCUAUGUAAUGUAGCUUAUAAGGUGGUCUCGAAGCUGCUAGCGAGAAGAAUGAAAAAGGUCUUGCGUGGAAUUAUCUCGGAGACACAGGCAGCGUUUUUGGAGGAGCGUCUCAUAUCUGAUAACAUCCUUGUAGCGCACGAGCUCCUACACGCGCUCAGCUCAGAUAAUAAGUGUGCGUCAGAGUUUAUAGCCAUUAAGACCGACAUCUCCAAAGCGUAUGAUCAUGUGGAGUGGUCUUUCCUCAACAAAGCAAUGAAGGCGAUGGGCUUUUCUGAAGAAUGGUGUGUGCUCAUCAUGAGCUGUGUCACAUCAGUGAGAUAUCAAGUGCUCAUAAAUGGUGCUCCUUUUGGUAAGAUUACCCCUACAAGAGGACUGAGGCAAGGGGACCCUUUGUCCCCAUACCUCUUUGUGGUGUGUACUGAAGUGCUAGCACAGAUGCUGAAGAGUGCAGAAAGGUCGAAGAAGAUCUCGGGUUUGAGAGUGGCACGCAGAGCACCGCCAGUAUCUCAUCUGUUAUUCUCUGAUGAUAGCAUGAUGUAUUGUAAAGGAUCGGAAGAGGAGUUGAAUCAAGUGCUACAGAUACUGCAAACGUACAGCAUGGCGUCAGGACAGCGGAUAAACUAUCAGAAGUCGAGCGUUUAUUUUGGAAAACACUUUCCAACGGAGAAGAGGGAGGAGAUAAUGCAGAAGUUGGGUAUUACAACAAUGGGUGGAGAAGGGCUCUACCUAGGACUUCCAGAGUCUUUUGGAGGGUCCAAAGUCUCCAUUCUGAAUUACUUGAGGGAGAACUUAAAUCAAAGAGUUCAUGGAUGGCAAACGAAGUUCUUUUCCCCUGGAGGUAAAGAGGUUCUCCUCAAGGCGGUUGCAAUGGCCCUGCCCACUUACACUAUGGCAUGUUUUCUCCUCCCAAAAACCACAAUCAAACAGAUCAUGUCGGUCAUGUCUGAGUUCUGGUGGAGGAAUGGGAGAGAUUCGCGUGGAAUGCAUUGGAAGAGUUGGGAGAGUCUCUGUAAACCCAAAGAAUGUGGCGGCCUUGGUUUCAAGGAUCUUGAGGCUUACAAUCUGGCGCUAUUGGGGAAGCAACUAUGGAGAAUGAUCAAGAACCCGCAGUCAUUAAUGGUCAAAGUCUUUAAAAGCCGGUAUUUCAAAGCAUCAGACCCGCUCAAUGCACCGCUAGGUACAAGACCUUCUUUCGCUUGGAGAAGUAUCCAUGCAGCGCAGAAGCUGAUCCAACAAGGAGUGAGAGUGGUGAUUGGGAAUGGAAAAAACACGAGGGUGUGGUCAGAGAGAUGGUUGGGCGCAUCACCAGCUACAAUGGUCCAGUCUAUGCGGAUUGGGGCGCAACAACGGAAUGAGAACUGGUCUGAUGAUAUGCGAGUCAUUGAACUAUUUAUAUCUAAUGGGCGAGAGUGGAAUAUGGACAUGCUUAAUGUACUUUUUACAGAGGAAGUUAAGCACAGUAUCACAUCGAUCCGACCUGCAGGCACAAAUAGUAAAGAUACAUAUGUGUGGGAGUUCACAAAGACAUGGCAUUAUAUAGUCAAAUCCGGUUAUUGGGUCCAAACCAGCAUUCUCGCAUUGCCAAAGGAUCAGCAAGCAGUGGUUCAACCAAGCCUGGAUAGUAUCUAUCAGAUGGUCUGGCGUCUGGAAAAAAUUCCCAAAAUCAAGCACUUCCUGUGGAGAUGCCUCAACAAUGCCCUUCCGGUGGCUGAAAACAUGACAUAUAGACACAUUGGUAAAGAAAAGAGCUGCUGCCGUUGUGGAGGAGAAGCAGAGAGCGUAAAUCAUUUACUCUUCCAGUGUCAUUAUGCGAGGAUGAUUUGGGCAGUUGCUAAUGUCCACAUACCCCCAGCGGGUCACUGGAACGUACUGUUAUUUAGGGGAACAGAUUAUGAUGCUAUCUCAACAAUCCAGAAGAGCUGGGAUGGGGUAUGGGAACGCAGAAACAGAGAUGAGGUUAUAAAGGAGGAGGUCAAAGUAACUACAAUAGAAGAACCUGAGAAGAAAUGGACGCCACCGGCCCCGGCGAGUUUGAAAUGUAAUACUGAUGCCUCAUGGUCCAAAGAGACAAUGAUAGGAGGGGUGGGCUUGAUUUUGCGUGACCAUCAGGGUCUUCUACUGUGGGCGGGAGCAAGGAAACUGCCAAUGAUGAGGUCGGUGAUAGAAACAGAAGCGGAAGCAAUAAGCUGGGCAAUUCAGACUCUGGUGGGUUUUGGAUAUAAAACGGUGAUAAUCGAAACUGACUCUCUUGUGCUGGCAAGAAUGCUCAAUGGAGAGGAAGAGGUCUGGCCAGUGUUGGAACCCAUAUUGCAAGGCAUAACUUCAUGUUUGGCGGUAAAUGCAGGGUAUAAAGUGGUGUACUAUCCCCGGAAUGGUAAUAAGUCAGCAGAUAGAAUAGCGAAAGAGACUUCAACGUUUACGUCAUUUGUCCCUAAGCUAUAUUCUAUGGUGCCUAUGUGGUUGAAUUCAUGUUUUGAGGCUGAUAAGCCAUUUGUAAGAAACUGA